AUGUCGUCGAAAGACACAUACAUCGUCAUUGGCGGGAGUGGAAUGGUUGGACGCCACAUUGUGGAGGCUCUCCUGGCAAGGGGCGACGUUGUCUUCUGUUUUGAUGUCGUGCAACGUCAUUACGACGUUCCAUUUUACAUGGGCGACAUUUCCGAGGAAGGGUCAUUCCUGGAUGCUUUGCGCAAGAGCGGCGCGACGUGCAUAUUUCAUACGGCAUCUCCUCGUCAGGGCGCAAAGCCCGAUGGAAUCUAUCAGAAAGUCAACGUAGAUGGUACAAAAGCUGUAAUAGCUGCCGCCAUUACGUGUGGCGUCAAGAAGCUUGUAUGGACAAGCUCGUCGGGGAUCGUAUUCGACGGGCACCAUUUGGCUAACGUUGACGAAACUCAACCCAUUCCUAAGAAACCGGUCGACCCGUACAAUGGUUCGAAGGCGGAGGCAGAGUGCAUCGUACUCAACGCUAACGGCCAGAACGGACUCCUCACCGUUGCUCUAAGGCCGUCUACAGUAUUCGGCCCCGGCGACACUCAAUUCAUGCGCGCCUUUCAAGAAACCUUUGACUCCGGUUGGUCUCAUAUCCAGAUCGGCGAUAACACCAACCUUACGGAUUGGACCUACGUCGACAACGUCGCGGACGCACACUUACUUGCUGCUGAUAAACUGGCGCCCGAGAACCCCGACGUCGCAGGUCAGGCCUUCUUCAUCACCAACGGAGAACCGAUCCCGUUCUGGGACUUUAGUCGUAAAGUCUAUGAGCGUCUGCGCGAAGUGGAUCCCGCUUCCGCCGCAUGCUCUCAGCGUCCAAUCUGCAGUGUACCAAAGACGUUCGGGUACCUCAUCGGGUUACUGUCGGAAUGGUGGAAUUGGUUCAGGGGAACGGAGCCAAUCAUGACUCGCUAUAGGGUCAUGUACUUCUCAGCCGUUCGCUAUCACAACAUUGGCAAGGCGCGUGCGGUAUUAGGCUACGAUCCCAAAGUUUCCGUCGAUGAAGGCAUCAAUCGCAUGGUAGACUGGUGGAUCGCCUUUGGGCGCCCUAGACUAACCCUGUCGGUGCUGCCUGGUGUAACGCGGGCAUUGGCUUCCACUUGGACAGCCGAUGAUGGCGUGCAAGCGUAA